CGCACAGUUGCUGUCGUCGUGUUCGGUGUCAAAGUCACAAAACGUCUCUCGACUCGGCGCAGUGCCACAAUCAGGGAAUUGAAGAUUAGUUCAUUAUUUUGUGAUUUUGUAAAUUUAUUUUCAUAUACACGGCGUCUCUAAAUGGAAUAAUGGAAACGAUUCGAGCGCAUAAAAGCGGAGUUGAUGGUAAACAAUUGCUUUGUGCGUGUGCUUUGUUGAACUAAACACAAAAUAACAAAGAAAUAAAAGCGCGACAACAAAUCAACAAAGGCCAACCAGUUGGGUACUUGAAGAAGAAGUCGAAGAAGUUGACGAAGGCAAUAACAACAGCAAACACACACGCAUGCAAAUGCACAGCAUAUUGAAUUGCAGUUGAAUUUAUAAAAUAGCAAUAACCAUUUGUGCGAUAUCCAACGUGGAAGAAGCAGGUCACACACAAAAGGCGCCCACAAAUGUCUAAUAUUAAAUAUAUUAUUAUCUAAGCGAACCUCCCUGCCACUUGAGCGCCAACAGACCGUAGACAAAGCGAGCAGUAGGAAACGGGAACACAGCGCAUUUGCGACAAAAACCACUGCGACAAGAUACUAAAAUAAACGAUUAAAACAAAUUCCACGAAUCGCCCUACAUACAUACAUACAUAUAUGCUCGUACACAUAUGAUUGCUCGCCCGUAUAUUCCUCAUUUAUUUAUUUUCCAACUUUAACAUUUGCUUUUGCGUUGAGUUUUUGUGAAACGUGCGAAUAAAUAUACGAUUAUUUUAUAACUUGCUCUGAAACAAGUUGGUUGCGUUGCUGUGUAAGAAGCGGAAAUACACGCAAAACAAAUACAAAUACAAAUAAAUAAUAAACAAGAAAAACUACAUUGCCUGCCAACAAACACCUGCAAAAGACAUGUCAAAAUUAUCGAAUAUUUUGAAGCCGCUGCGGCAGCUAUUCUACGCGUUGGUCUUCACUUUCUGCUGUGUUUCACUAACUUUGGCGGAACUGGCGGAGCAGCCGACAACAACACAACAAAGCGGUGAGACAGCUGCUUUGAAGGGAAAAUUAAUAUUCUCGCAUGUGCUUUAUCGACACGGCGACCGCACGCCAAUUGAGCCAUACCCAACGGAUCCGUGGAAGAAUCGCGAGUACUGGCCGGUCGGUUGGGGCGAACUCACAAAUACAGGAAAAUACCAACACUAUCAGCUUGGUAAAUGGCUACGUCAACGCUAUAAUUCAAUACUGAAUGAAACUUACUCGGAAAAUGAGAUUUAUGUACGCUCAACCGAUGUUGAUCGCACGCUGGCGAGUGCGCUGUCUAAUUUGGCCGGCAUGUAUCCACCGGUGGGAAAUGAGGUUUGGAAUAAGGAAAUAGCUUGGCAACCGAUACCGGUGCACUCCAAGCUCGAAAAGGAGGAUAAGGAGUUGGCUGGCAAAGUCCCUUGCCCCGCAUACGAUUAUGAGCGCUCAGCAGUUUUGAAUUCGAUAACAUUUCAACAGCUUAACCAACGCUAUCAAUAUUUAUAUGAUUACCUGUCGCAGUAUGCGGGUCGUAAAGUGGACACAUUGGAGGCUAUACAGCGCAUGAAUAAUACAUUCUUCAUUGAGGCGCUCUACAAUCGUACGCUGCCCGAGUGGACCAAGAAGGUGUACCCCAGCACCGAUAUGACCUACAUAUCUGAUUUCGCCUUUUCCAUCAACACUUAUACGCGUCGCAUGGCACGCUUAAAGGCCGGACCGCUGAUUAAAGAAAUGCUACAGCGUUUCGACGAUAAGGCGCGCGGUUCACUCAAGCCCGAUCGUUCGGUAUGGAUUUAUAGCGCACACGACACAACAGUCGCGAAUGUGUUGAACACACUCAAAUUAUACGACAUGAAAAGCCCCGGCUAUACGGCUUGUUUACUAUUCGAAUUGCGUAUUGAUGAGCAAAAUCAACCUUUUGUGUCAAUAUUCUAUAAAAACACGUCAGCAGAGCCCACACUGCUGAAUAUACCCGAUUGUGGUGUUGCCUGUCCGUUGGAACAAAUGUACACCGUUUACAAAGAUAUUUUGCCGCUUAAUUGGGAGAAAGAAUGCCGUCUGAGUACUAUGAUGAUGCCCUACGAUGAGGCUAAUAUCGGCAUGGCUAUGGGUAUUUUUAUAACCACAGCCAUACUGGGUUCCGUUAUCUGCUUUAUGCUACUGCUCUCCUACAUAUUCAUGCUGUACUAUCGCCGCCGCCGAUAUAGCGCCUAUUCGUAUGCGCAAAUGGCCUAAUUGUCGCUAAAUGCUGACGUGUAUUUAUGUAACACAUUAGUUUUGCCCAACACAACAUGCAACCAACAGCCAACCAGCUCCAAAGUGAAUGAGCACAAAAUGUAAUGUUCCUCUAUGUAUCAAUGACCCUAAUAUAGUAGAUGUACGAGUAUAAUAUGCAUUUGAUUUUAGCAUUUGACAAAUUUGAUAUUUAGCAAUUAAAUUGCAUUUUCAUUGUAUGUUAUGUAUGUUAUAUGUGUAUGUAUAUGUAAAUUUAUUCGCAAUUGUGAUUCGCAUUUCUAGCUAAUAGUUUUUGCUCUAAUAUCGAAUAAAUACAUUUUCAGUUAAAACAAAAACUUGUACCUACACAAACACACAUAGAUAUGUACAUAUAAACUCGAUUAUGUGCCAGGCAUGAGUCUGUUCUACCUAUUUUUGUUUUUAUAAAUACUAAUUGAGGAUUAAAAGAAAUUGAUAAGAAAAGUUGCUAACUACAAAAAAUUAUUGUUAACUACAAUCCAAAUAUCAGUUUAUCCUAUAUUUUCUGUACAUACAUAUAUACCGUUAUUCCUUGCUGGUUAUCUGUGGAACGAGCUGACUGUCAUGCAAUAGACAUAAUUUACUCUUAAGAUUUUUUAGUUAGUUAGCAUGGUGCUCAUCUAUCACUUAGAUAUUUUUCAUAAUACAAACGUUUAAAUAACGGGCAUUUAAAUGACUCUUUUUCUAACAUUUUAAAUAUUCUUUUAAUUAUUUUAUUUUAGUUUUUAUUUUACUUUAAUCGAUAUCCUUUGUAAUUGUCCUUUUACUUUUAUUUUUAUAUUUGUUUUUGUGCUAAUCCUUAACUAAUUAGACACAUAGUCACAUUGUACGUAAAUAUAUAAGUGAUUUGCAUUAAAUAAAAAAGACUGUUGUUCAAUAUAGAGAAAAGUUGUUUGGAAAAAAACAAAACUUUUUUACAAAAUUGUUAUAAAAAAAAAUAAUUAUAAUAAAAUACAUAAACAAAUUUAAAAAUAGAAAAUAUGAAAAAAAAAACAAAAUUAUAAAUAUAAAAUAUGAGAAAUUUUGUAAAUUAUGUCGAUUUUAAUAGCAAACUAAGUAAGAAAACUUUAAAUAAAUUAUAAUUCAAAGAGCUCAA